AUCCAGGGCUGAUUUUGACCUCUGGAGGGUUUGACAAAGAUCUUUGAUUCCAUUCAUUCAGCAUCUCACUGUGUGAACAGUCUAACGUCUGAGAGCCAGCCUGGGGAAAAAUAUUGCCUUCCCUAUUCACUAGGGGAGUAGGAUCUUGCUAGCCCUGUCCCUGUCUUCUCUCAGCCUCUCACGUGAUAAGAAUAUGACUUGUAAACAACUACUGUUUGGCUUCUGUCCUCUGGUCUGAUGUGCGUAGCAUUAGGGGAAGAGCUUUGAAAUUGGCUUAUUCGUCCAGUGAUCAGAACACACUGCUGGAAUUUUGUAGAUGUUAACGGUUAGGACAGAAGAGCAGUACUGGAGCAGUUAUAAGGAUAUGGCUGGCAGGCACUUAAAAAAAAAGAAGCCAUCAAACAUUAACAGCACAUUGUACGAGCGCUGCAGAGUUCAGUACGUGAAAUGACGCCCAGCCUGGGGGCGGAGGGUGUGUGCAUGUGUGGAGAGGAGCUUGCAUUACAAAUGGUGAUUCAGUUACUGUGCUACUAUCGGAAGAUUUGGCUCUGAUGCAGAAGGAGUGGGGUAUUUUAAUGUUUGCCUUUUGUGCCAAGAUCUUUUGUCUGAAUUUGGCUCCUGAUUGAAGUUGACGGAUAAUGGAAACAUUCCCCUGGCGAUGUCUCUGGGGCGACUCCUCCGACGUGCCUCUUCAAAAGCCUCUGACCUCCUGACCUUAAACCCCGGUGGUGGCGGUGGUUCGUCCUCCAUACUGGAUGGGGAGAUUAUCUACUCCAAGAACAAUGUAUGCGUCCACCCUGCUGAGGUGCUGCCCGGUGUCGGGGAGCAUCACCCAGGCUAUUUAUGCUUGUACAUGGAGAAAGAUGAGCUACUUGGUACUACGCUUAUCCUUGCCUGGGUCCCAAACUCUCGUAUUCAGAGGCAGGAUGAAGAAGCCCUGCGCUAUAUGACCCCUGAGAGCUCCCCGGUCCGUAAAGCUCCCCGCAAGCGUGGCCGCCACACUCAGGGGUUUGGCACCGUCCAGCAGGCUUCCCCAACUGAUCAGAAACGAGCAGUAAUCCCGAAAGACGACGAGAUCUUGGCUGUAUCUCAGCUUGUCAGAGAUGUGGCUCUCCUCGGCUCCCCUUCUGAAGAAGGGGAGAAGCUGUCUCAGUGUUGCCUGGCAACUGAUGGUACCCACAAUUCCACACAGCCUGCCCACAGUGACUCAGGAAUCUUAUCGACAAUCAGCUCUCAGGAGGAGCAGAACAGAUCGGAGUUGUCAGUGGAGGGGACAGAGGAAGGGCUGGAGUACAGGCUAGAGCAGGGGGAGGACGAGGGCUCCUUGGAGCUGUCUGCUGAUGAUGUGAGCAGGGAUAGUACUUUUGACUCUGAUUCUGAUGCCUUCUCCUCCCCGUUCUGCCUCUCUCCCAUCAGUGAAGCCCUUGGGGAAGGCAGAAGCUCUGUGUUUCUGGAUAAUGAAAGCAGGGAGACAUGUGACAAUCACAUGACCUGCUCAAACAGCUCCACUUCCAGCCUUGACACCAGUGCCCAAUUCCAGGAGAACAACAGGCAAGCUCAGAACACCAGAUGGGACGAACAGCAAAAGGUGUUUGCCCUAGAGCAGAUCUGUGGGGUCUUCAGAGUGGACCUUGGUCAAAUGAGGUCCCUUCGCCUUUUCUUUAGUGAUGAGGCAUGCACCAGUGGGCAGCUGGUUGUUGCUAGCAGGGAGAGUCAAUACAAGAUCUUCCACUUUCACCAUGGUGGCCUGGAUAAACUGUCUGAUGUGUUUCAGCAAUGGAAAUACUGCACGGAGACCCAUCUCAAAGACCAGCAGCUUACUGAUGAGAAGACAUGUAUGCAGUUCUCAAUCCGCCGCCCCAAGCUGCCGUCCUCUGAGACACAUCCAGAGGAGAACACGUACAAGCGUCUUGAUGUCACUGCCUGGCUCAAUCACCUGAAUGAAUCCGGACAGGUGGAAGAGGAGUACAAGCUGCGCAAGGCCAUUUUCUUUGGUGGGAUUGAUGUGUCUAUCCGAGGUGAGGUCUGGCCCUUCAUGCUGAGGUAUUACAGCCACGAGUCCACGUCAGAGGAGAGGGAGGCGCUGAGGGUGCAGAAGAGGAGGGAAUACUUUGAGAUCCAGCAGAAGAGGCUUUCGAUGACUCCAGAUGAACACAAAGAGUUUUGGCGUAACGUGCAGUUCACGGUUGACAAAGACGUGGUGAGGACUGACCGCAGCAAUCAGUUCUUCCGCGGCGAGGACAACCCAAAUGUGGAAACCAUGAGGAGAAUCUUGCUGAACUAUGCAGUGUAUAACCCUACCAUUGGCUACUCCCAGGGGAUGUCCGACCUGGUUGCCCCCAUUCUGGCAGAAGUCUUGGAUGAGUCGGACACUUUCUGGUGCUUCGUGGGUUUGAUGCAGAACACUAUCUUCAUCAGUUCCCCCCGGGAUGAAGAUAUGGAGAAACAACUGAUGUACCUGCGAGAGCUGUUGCGACUCAUGCACCUGCGCUUCUAUCAGCACCUCGUCUCCCUGGGGGAGGAUGGCUUGCAGAUGCUUUUCUGUCAUCGGUGGAUCCUCCUCUGUUUUAAACGCGAGUUUCCGGAUGCUGAGGCUUUGCGCAUGUGGGAAGCAUGCUGGGCUCAUUAUCAGACGGACUAUUUCCACCUCUUUAUCUGUGUGGCCAUCGUGGUGAUUUACGGAGAUGACGUCAUUGAGCAGCAGCUGGCCACUGACCAGAUGCUGCUGCAUUUCGGUAAUCUGGCCAUGCACAUGAAUGGGGAACUUGUACUCAGGAAGGCUAGGAGUUUGCUUUAUCAGUUUCGCCUGUUACCCCGGAUCCCCUGUAGCCUGCAUGACCUGUGUAAGCUGUGUGGGACUGGCAUGUGGGACAGUGGCUACAUCCCUGCUGUGGAGUGUUCUGGACACCACCCUGAAUCUGAGAGCUGCCCUUACGGGGGGAUGGUGGAAGUGCCUUCUCCCAAACCAGGAACUGAAGGCAAGAGGGGACCGAAAACACGGGAGGUCUUCGCUUUCCGCAAAUAGCUUCCACUGAAGGUGGGUUGGCAGUGGGAGAAAUGGGCUCGUUUGGAAAGGUGAGGUUGAGUACACUGAAGGAAAAAAUGAAGUGGAAGUUUACCAAGACUCCUGAGAAGGCAGAUGGGAGGAGAAUGGAGACACUUCACAACAGGGAGCAAAUUCCAUUGCACUGGGUCCUGGAACCUGAAUGAAACUUAACAAACCAGGAACAGUGUCCGUGUCUCUCUUUGUUGGGUUUGGUUUUAUGUGCAAAAUAUGAAGUAUUUAUAGAUUCCCAAGCCUCUGCCCGUUGGAUCAGGAUCACUAGCAGCCAAGAACUUUCUCACUGCUAGGAAACCAGAAUACUAAAGAGAACCAAGGGCAACCAGCAGCAUUUGUGGGAAGAGUAGUGAGAGCGGAGCCCUGGCGAGACCUCACUCUGACAUCCCUCCGUCCUGAACUUACAUGCCUUGCUUCAACCAAAACACACAACUCAGUGGCUUCUGUUUAAAUCCAUGAUGAUCACUUUGAAUAUAUCUGCCAAAAAAUAAAAUUGCAAACUUU